AUGUUGAAGCUGAGCCAGGAGCUGAAGGAGGAGCAGGAGAUGAACCGCUGUCUGAGAGCCAAUCAGAUGCAGCUACAGACGCAGCGGGCAGAGGAGGAGUGCAAAGGAAAAGAGAAGAGGAAUCACAAGGACACAACAAUAGCAGAACUGCAGGAGCAGCUGAGAGACGUGAUGUUUUAUCUGGAGACACGGAAGCAGAUUGAACACCUGCCUCCGGAGGCUCACAGUGAAAUCCAAGAAGGACAGACCAACAGCGCAGCCACCUCGUCGGACGUGGCUGGGAGCCUUCAGUUCAGUCUUGGCUGCCACACCGUCCUGAUGUCGGUUCGGGUAUCGGUGUGUCAUUCCGGUAUUCGGCCGCUGUGUCUUCCGGGGGCAACUUGUGAGUCACUCCGCCUGCAGCUCAGCAUGGACCAGGGGAAAUCCGGGGAUUUCCGGCUGGCGCUGCAGGACAGCAGCGAGACUGGCCGGAGUGUGACCAUUGCUGAGUUUGAUUUAAGGACAGUGAACUAUGAGGUGACAUCACCUAAGUGCCAUGAGCUGAGUCUGGAAGCGCCUCCACAUGAUCGCAUCUCCUUCAAUUUCCUCUCUGAGCAGGUUGCCCACGAGUGGGCUACCGUAAUGAUGUCUUCACUGAGAGAAGCACACAGAGUCGCCCCUCUACAUAAAGGUCCCCAGCAGCCCCUGGAUGGUCUCCAUCCGCAGAAGAAGUUGACCUUGCAACAAACAGAGGACACUUGCAUAGAGCUGACCCAAGCCAUUGAGGCAGGUGACAUGCAGUCUGCUUCUGUCUUUGCUGCCACACUUGCCCGACAACAUGCUAUGCUCAAGAUUCAGCCCUCUGCCAAAGACUGUGAAGACACUGAAAUCAAUUUGACUGUUGUAGUUGAAGACUCUUCCUCAUCCUGUUGUGUCACUGUGAAAGUUUUCCAGCAUAUGACUACUGCAGCACUGAAGCAGCAGAUGUUUCUAGAGUAUGGCUUUCACCCACGGGUGCAGCGCUGGGUGAUUGGCCAGUGCCUGUGCAGCGACGAGCGCUCUCUGGCCUCAUAUGGUGUUCGUCAGGACGGUGACACAGCUUUCUUGUACCUGUUGUCAGCCCGCCAUGCUCGCUUGACGCUCCAAGUCCUCCAGCAGGACCAGGAGAGCGCCCUUCUCGUCAGUCCCCCAUCACUGUCGCUCAACACCCCUGCCCUCACUGCUACCAUUGCAAACAGCUCCACAUGUCAGGACAGGAGAUCUUACAUCACCCUGCCUCCCAGAGUCCAUACCAACAGCAACAGUGGUGGAUCAGAGCGAAGGAACAUAACUGAGAUUAGAGAUCUCAUCAACCUAGAGAUGCCUCAACUCAAUGAAGCACUGAACUCCAAUACAGGUUUCACCCAGGGCUGGUCGUGCCCCUCUUGCACUUAUAUUAACAAACCAACUCGGCCAGGCUGUGAGAUCUGCAGCACAAAUCGUCCUGAGAAUUACAUCAUCCCUGGGGAAUACCGACCUGAUGUACUGGAACUCAGACGGAUCCAGCAGGAGAAGGAGGCUAUCAGACAGUAUCAGCAGGCAAGGGAAGCGGAGCGCAGGGAGAAUUUUACUCGGCUGAUGAUACUGGAUGGCCAAGACCUGGUGCCUAAUCCAGAGACUGUGGACUGUAGGAUCUGCUAUGUAGAGCUGCCGCCUGGAGAGGGUGUCCUGCUCAGGGAGUGUCUCCACUGUUUCUGUAGAGAGUGCUUACGCUCAGUCAUCAUGCUAAGUGAGGAUCCCGAGGUGUCCUGUCCCUAUAGAGAUGACACGUAUUCCUGUACCUGCUCGCUGCAGGAGAGGGAGAUCAGAGCUCUGGUGCCAGCAGAGGAGUAUGAGCGCUGGCUACAGAGAGGCCUGUCAGUGGCAGAGUCUCGAUGUGAGGGCAGCUAUCACUGUGCCACUCCAGACUGCCCGGGCUGGUGUGUGUAUGAGGACACAGUCAGUGUCUUCCACUGCCCUGUCUGUGGGAAACAGAACUGCCUGAUAUGCAAGACUAUCCAUGAAGGAAUGAACUGUAAGCAAUACCAGGAUGAUCUUGCAGCCCGUGCUAUAAAUGACUCUGCUGCAAGGAGAACAACUCAUCUACUCAAGAGUCUAGUGCAGUCAGGAGAGGCGAUGCACUGUCCCCAGUGUGGCAUAAUUGUGCAGAAGAGGGAUGGAUGUGAUUGGUUGCGUUGUACUGUCUGUCACACUGAGAUCUGUUGGGUAACCAGAGGGCCUCGCUGGGGACCAAGGGGUCCUGGAGACACGAGUGGAGGAUGUCGCUGCAAUGUCAACAAUCAGAAAUGCCAUCCUAAAUGUCAAAACUGCCACUGAGAAAUGAAGAGCAAUUGGACUGUUGAAGGGAAUGAGAGGUCGAACUUGAAAUAAAUUUUUCCUGAAGUAGGGAAAAGAUGAUGAAGGCAUAAAAAAAGUUAUAUUUAAAUCAAAACUGACUGCAGGAUUGUUCUAACUGGAGCUGUGUGAUUUUUAAUAAUUCAGC